AUCGAGUAAUGGUGUGCUGGAAAAUUGCUCGUGGAUAUGUGACUGCGUUGAGAGACUUGUCCAGCUCUUCCUAGAGCAAACCUUGCACUUAAUUUCACUUCAAAUCUCCCCCCGUGAUGGGGGACGUAGAAAUGCCGGGCCUUGAGAGCCCAAAGCUCUGCCCUGCUGCUGGGGUAACUGAAACUCUGCCCUUAGAUGUAGACAAACCUAGGAAUGAUAUGAGUGAUAAGAAUAAUGAAAAUGAUGUGUUGUUAGGCAAAGAAAGUGCUAGUAACAUAGCUAAUGAUGCUACCGCAUUAUUUGUUGUGGCACCGGCAUGUGGCACUGACGCUGUGGCUGAUGUAAAUAACAGUUUACUUGAUGGAGAAGCCAAGAAAAAUUAUAACCCUGAGCAGUUAGUUCAGUUAGACGGAGCUACUGUGCUUGAGAGAUCGUAUGAUGCCUCUGCUAAAGUGGAUGAGGCUAACAAAAACUCUAAUUUAAAUGAACAAUUUUCUUCUAGGAAUAAUAUGAACACUAGUAUGAUAUCAAGUAUUGAAGAUGGUGUAGGUGAAGUAAGUUGUAAAGCUAGUGUAGCGAGUGAAUCUAGUGAACAGUUUUCCAUGGACCAGAACUUUUACAGAGAUACGUCCAUGUCAAGUCAGCUUCUGAAUGAGAAUAGCAGUGCAGCGUCUGCAGUAGAACCUGGUAGUUCUGAUGCAAGUUCUAAGAACAUGGAAGAUGCAACAGAAGCAAAGACCAAGAACAACAUGACAGAAGCGAAGACCAAGGAUGACAAAGGAGAUAAUAAAGCUAAGAGUGAGACCAGUAAUAUGGAUGUGAAGCAAGCAACAUCUAUUGUACAUAAUAAUAAAGGAGACGAUGCUAAUGAGUCUGCAUCUUUUGCUGGCAGCUUAAAUGAGCUUGUUGAGAGAGGAGGUCUCUAUGGCCAGGAGAAAAUUGUGGCCGAAAGUGCAGUUCGCCAACAGAAAGCUGGUGAUGAAGUGAGGGAGGCUAACGAUACUGAGUGUGACACGGGAGGUGUGAGUGUAAAUAAGGUGUUUGUAAAGGACUUUUCAAAGUCACAAGGCGUGGUGAACGAUGUUGCUGAUGUGCCUCAAAGUAAGACCACCAAAGACCUUGUUAACACUGAACAGCCCUAUGAUACUUAUGGCGGUGCUGACACCAUUGCUAAAGCUGACGUCAACUCAUGGUCCAGCUGCAGCACCAGUCAUGAGACAGGCGCCUCUAACCUGCCUUCCGUUGAAGGAAAGAACGUCACUUCCCCCACUGCUUCUCCUCCUGGCUCCCUGGGGACCACUCCUGGGGAAGUCUGUCCUCCCAAGGAAGGAAUGCCUGGGGUUGCAUCCUCUGAUCCCAUCAUCCCCGUCUUCGGGUACUGCCCCAAGGAUUCCUGCGGUAAUUCUAUGACUCCGUACCCAACCCCGCCCUAUCCAACUCCUCCCUACAACUCCAUGAGCGGCAUCUCCGCAAGUGCCUACCCCAAUGCCACCAACGUCUACCCCAACUCCUGCCCUGGGUACUCGGGGGCUGCCAGCUAUCCCACCCCAAGCACCCCAAGCUCUGGGUACACCAACCCCAACACUCCAUGCUCCAGCUAUGUCAACCCCAACACUCCAACUUCAGGUUGUGGCACGGAUACAACCCCCAACUCUAGCUACCAUAACCCCAACACCCCGAACCCCAGCUUUGGUGGCACCGUAGAUACUCCCGUCUAUGGUGCCAGUUCCCACUAUGUGGCUGCAGAAAAUGCCAGCGGCUACACAGGUCCCUCCAACGCUCUGAUGGGGCUGGUCGAGAGCUCUAGUACUUGUGGACCAAGUCCUCCUGGAGGAAGCCUCUCCAGUGAGAGCUCUUCUUCCUAUGGGCCAAGCCCUACUGCGGGACCUCAAGUGAGUGAGGGCUCGUCUUAUGGACCCAGUCCUCCUGCAUAUACUCAAGCAAGGGAGAGCUCCAGCACUCUUAGCUCUCAGGAGUCCAGAGGCUCCCGAUCUUCUGGCACCAGCCUGCUGACGUCACAAGUAUCCCCAGCACCUGAGAAGACCUGUGAUGAGAAGGUUACCUCCAGCCGUAGUAGUGCAACAAAUUCACUGGAGAGUACGACAUCAGUAAGCAUUUCUUCUUCCUCAUACCGGCAGAGCAACACACAACAGCACAUGAGCACCACAGCAUCAGUGCCAGACACAAGGUGUAGUACUAACUCAAUGUACAACUUCUACUCGAGUAAUGCCAGUGACGGAGAUAGUACAGCUACUGUAGGAGGUUCUGCUGCUGGUGCAUAUGACACCAAAGACGCAAGCAGCCUCGGUGUUCUCGGUUCUGAGUCCUCCAACAAGCCCAGCUCAUACCUGAACAAGGAAGGAUAUAGCAAAGGAGCUUCUUACUCGUCUGCUGCUGCCAACACCACCUUCUCUAAUGCUGGGUCCAACAGCUAUGCUAACUCGGGGACUAAUAGCUACUCAAACACUGGGCCCAACAAUUAUCCUAAUACUGGGUCUAAUGGCUAUCAGAACCCUGGGUCUAAUAGCUACCAGAACCCUGGGUCUAAUAGCUACCAAAAUCCAGGGUCUAAUAGCUACCAGAAUCCAGGGUCUAACUGCUACCAAGACCCAGGUUCAAAUGGCUACCAAAACCCUGGGUCUAAUAGCUACCAAAACCCCGGAUCAAACAGUUACCAGAACCCUGGGUCAAACAGCUACCAGAACCCUGGCUCGAAUGGCUACCAAGACCCAGGUUCUAAUGGAUACCAAAAUCCUGGUUCUAACAGCUACCAAAAUCCAGGUUCAAACAGCUAUCAAAACCCUGGCUCAAAUGGUUACCAGAACCCUGGGUCUAACAGCUACCAGAACCCUUCAACUCCUGGCCCCUCAACUCCUGCAGCAGCUCCUGGAUAUUCAGACCCAGAUUCCUUGGGCAAUGUAAACUAUUCCAACCCUACAACCCCAGCGUCAGGGCUUGUCAGCUCACUAGGUCAAGGCAUGUACAGCAACCUCAAAACCCCGUCUGGACUGCCAGCUUCCGAACCUUCUGACCGGCACUGGAACAACUCUAAUGCUGCUAAACCCUCCUGCCAUCCAAGCCAGCAUUCUGCCCAGACCAGUGCUUUGAAAACCAACUUGCAAUCGGACUUUGGAAGCAACAUAAAGGAAAGACAAGCUGAAAAUUAUUACUCAUGGUCAGAACACAAGACUGGGCCAGAUGCCCUUGACUUCAGCUGUGCUGCACCUUUUGGUUAUCCAAAUCCGGUGCUGAAAACUGAACCUGGGACCUCCUCCAUCCAAGACACACCCUUCAACAACUUCAAGACGUCGCAGGGGGGCUUGAUGUCGCCCCCCAACCUGGACCCCUCGUUUGGGGAGAGUGCCUCCCUAGAGGCCGCCAUCAACAGCCUCAACAAGAAGGAUGCCGCGGCCAUCAGGGAGUCACUCGAGUCCUUCAUCAUGUCGGACCCAAGCUUCAAGAACGGUGACGCUGCAGGCCUCAGCAACCAUGAGAAAUAUCUUGAGUUCCUCGAACAUAUGACGCAGUUCUCCAUGGCUAGUGAGAAGAUGGAAAAGUUUGGUAGAAGUAGCAGCGUUGGUGGUGGUGGUGGUGGGGCUAACCAAGCUUUGGAAGCUCUCACCCACAUGACUAAUUCCCAGCAGCCACAUGAACUGAACAGCAUGCUGCCUUCAUACAUGCAGAGCAACAUGGCCGGCAUGCUCCCCUCCCAGCACAAUAUGGGCAUCAACAUACCCUUGGGUAUGCCAGGUAGCACUGGGCAUGGCAUGCCAGGACUCAUGCCCAACCCCUUGACGGAGCCUUUCCUGCAUAACGAAAGGUUCAUGCCAACCAACCACAUGAUGAAUGGCUUACUGGAUGGCAUGAAGGCAGGGUAUGACGUCAGCAACCCAUACAUGAUGAGCAUGAAGGCUGCUAUGGAAGGAGGACUUCAUUCCAUAGGAGGAAUGAAGUCCUCAGGCAUGUAUCCAGAAUCCUCUAUGCCCUCCUCCAGCAUUGGCCACACCCCUACAGGCGUGUCAUCAAAAUCAGCGUAUGAACCGUGGCUGCCGCAGAUGAACCUGGGUGACACAGCUCCCGGUUGCAGCAACAAGUUCACAAUGCAGCACAAAACCUCUGGUAGCCGCAGCACCACGCCUGCCUCCACCAACUACUCGCCAGGGUACAGCAAAGGGCAGUUUAGAAGUAGCACUUCAUCUCUACCUUCAACCUCUGAUAAUUUCAACGCAUUCCAUCAACGCGACAUGCAGCACUACAAGCCAUCAGACAGCGCCAUGUCAAGCAAUGCUAAUAAUGUGCCAAUGAAGUCUGGGAGCAUGGACAGUCUCCUGGCUUGCUCUGAAGUGCCCUCAGCUGCCAACCUUAACAGCACUCAGAAGUCCAGCAUGAGUCAGAGCAUGUCGGACAUGACUCAGAAUUGCUUCCCGCCCAACCGAGUACACCCCGUUCCAAAUACCCCAGAUCCCCACGCGUACCUGUCUGAUCCCUACAGAACCAAGAAUGCAUACCGUCCUACGUCAGACCUCCCCGCCUACAACAACCCCCCCACUUCAUCCCCAGCCUCCCAGAAACCAGACGACAGCCUCUACUGGAACAUCACCCCUGACACAUACCACAACCAGCCCCUCAUGCACCUGCCUGAGGGCACUAGCAUCAACGUGGAACACAGAAGACCAAACUGUCCAUGCAUAUUAUGCGCAGCGCAUACAAGGAACGUGCGUAUACAUGGUGCGCACAAUGUGCGCAACCACGUGAGUUGCGUAGGUAGAGGGCGUGCGGGCUGGUGCGCUAAGACCAGCCGCUACAAACUCAACCUGAAGGUUGCAUCAGGCUUGUCAUCCCUGGCAGGCAGCGCAGCAAACUCCACGCCACUCCACUCCACAGCAGCCUCCAUCGCCGAGUCUAUCUCCAGCACCAUCUCCAGUGUCAUCUCCAAUGCUGUUGCUAACAGGACCCCGGUGGACGAGGGUGCUGGUGGUCUGAUACCAUCAGGGACCAGUGGUCUGAUGCCAUCAGGUGCUGGUGGUCUGAUGCCGUCAGCUGCUAGUGGUCUGAUGCCAUCAGGUGCUAGUGGACCAGCCCGAGACCCAGAUAGACCUGGAGCAGCAAGUUUUAUGGGUAACCUAACCCAAUCUGAAUCAGGUGCCAACCCAGUCUAUAGACCUGCAGACAACCUUUCAAGUAACCCGGCCUACAGACCUGCAACCAAUCUGCCUAGUCAACCAAGCUACCCAUCUGCUGACAACGUCCCAAGUAACUCAUCUUACCGACCUGCAGACAACCUGCCCAGUAACCCAGCUUAUAAACCUGUUGAUAAUUUGUCUAGGAACCCAGCUUACAGACCAGAAGACUGCCUGUCAAGUAACUCAGCCUACAGACCUACAGACUACCAACCAAGCAACCCAGCUUUCAGACCAGCAGACAAUCUGCCUGGUAACCGUGCCCCACAUUGGGGUCUGCCCUCUGAUAGUCUGCCCUCCAGUGAAUUACAGACCGGAGUCUCCACAGGUGCUCAGUUUGACAGCUUUAGUCAAUCUCGACAACGCGGCAGACACCCGAGUUCAGGGUUUGUGGACCCAAGACCCCAGCAGACCCCAAGCUCAGGAUAUACAGACCCCAGAUCAUCUCCGAGCACAAAUGUGGCCCGCACGAAGCCCUCUGUUUCUGACCCUCAUAACUUACCCCCGACAGCAGCUGUGGAGAACACUGGGUCAUCUAUACCAGGUAGUUGCUAUGGUGGCAGCUCCAACAAUGAACAUUUCCCUUCUAAUACUAAUUUUAAAACUGAUGCUGAUGGGUACAGUGCCACGUAUGCCAAAGCCAACUCUUACAAUAUAAAUCAAGCCAAUAACAUCAGAAGUAACUUUGCUAACCAAACUCAUGCCAGCUCCUAUGCACCAGCCCCCCUCAUCGAACCAUCAAGGUACAAGACCUCUGGGGAACCACCCAACAGAACAGGUCCUCCUCCCUGCCUCCCUGACGGCCGCAACAAUCAACUGCAUUUCACCCCGAGCCUCGACAACAGAUUAGACCUCCCUGAACUGCAUGCCCCUCCUCCUGCUGCAGCAGGCGAGUCCUUGAAACAAGUCUUGGCUAGUCCGACUAGAGAUAGAGCCCCUAGUGGGGCUGAGGCGAGAUUAAUACCUCAACAAACGCCCCCGACUGCACCAGCAGCUCCCCUGGGUCCUCCUGUGGCAGCGACCUCGCAUGGCAAAGAUGUCAGCAGGUUCUUCAACUGCCCUGGGAGUCCCUGCAAGUCUGCCAAGCCCUUGGAUGAUGCCGAGCAACUUUACUCCUUCAACGACUCGUCAAUAGAAUCACCGAUGCCCUCGCCCAUGCAGCACAAGCACAAGAAGCGUAAGCUGAAGGAGGCCUUCCCCGUCUACGAGAGCGAGAUCACCACCGACCCUCAGUCCUGCGGCAUCAAACUUAAGCUCAAACUCACGACACCUAAGCCGGCUGUGCUCCCCAAGAGUCCUUCGUACUCCUACGCAGCGUAUUCCUCCCUCAAGUCCCCCGCUGGGAGCCAGGACCAGAGCAGCUCGUCAACCACCAGCUCCCCCUACUACAGCGUCUCCUCUUCCUCCCCCUAUGACCUACCAUGCGCCCCAGACUUGCCGAUCCCCAAGAAGCGCAAGUACACAAAGUCUGCAGAAGCCGCCUCCCGAAAAAAGCAACAGUCCACCUCCGAGUCCUCAACUCCUCUGAGCUCCCCAAGCCCUUGCAUGGUGCCCUUGGUGUCUGGAGGCAUCUACCCCACCGUGGUGCUGAACCACAUCAACCCUGGUGCCAGGAAGAAGCGGGGGCCUAAGACGGGGUCGGAUGUGUACAAGAACCCCGGGUUUGGCGCCCCCUUGGCCGAGGUGAGAGGGGAGCCCCAGUCCCCCUGGGGCUGCAAGAUCAGCAACGAAGUUCUCGGGAUGAUCUUCAGCCGCGUGAUCGGGGAUGACAACUGCAUCCCUGCCCUCCUCAGGUUGUCGCGGGUGUGCAGGCUGUGGCACAGCGCGUCACUCAACCCCGCGCUGUGGCGCACAGCAGACCUCAGCGUGCCCAGGGUCAAGCCCAGGCACAGGACGGAGGCCAAGCUGUGCUGGCUCCUCACCGACCGUCUGCACAGCACACAGCACCUCAACCUCAGUGGCUGGCAGGAGGCAGUGACGCCCUUCAUCCUACGGCUGCUGGGGGAGACGUGUAGGCAGCUGCGGUCGCUGAGUCUCGCGCGCUGCAACAAACUGCACGCAGACAACCUCGCAGCCGCCCUCCUGCACUGCACGCACCUCCAGCGCCUCGACCUCACCGACGUCAUGGGGUGCCACAAGCCGACGCCUCGUGGGGCGGUGGGCCAGCAGACGCUGCAGGAGCUGUUCAUGGCCCACGGCCCCCGCCUGACCCACCUGCACCUGGGCCACAACACGCUCACCGGCCUAUCACGCCUUUUGCAGACCCACUGCCACCAGCUGGAGGUGCUGGACCUGAGUCGCGUGGAGACGGUGGGGCGGGACGCUCUACUUAUCCACCUGGAGGCGCUGCAGGAGGGCUGCCCUCUCCUGAAGGUGCUCAAGCUGUCCCUGACGAAGGCCAGGUUCAACAGCGCCUCCAUGGCGGAGCAGGCCGCCUCCAGGGGCUUCCCCCACCUGGAGCAGCUGUUCGUCGCCACAGAUGACCGCCAGCACGUCGGCAUCAACGACCACGAGCUCGAGCGACUCCUCAAGAACUCCACCAGGCUCACGCUGCUGGACGUUAGGGGAUGCGCGCUGGUGAGCGACGGCUCCCUGGUGCGGGUGCCCCCCUGGUCCAUGGAGCACCUGUACCUGGCUGGAGGCAGCUCCAUUAAGCGCUACUCCGACCGCCUGGAGCUCGUCGUCCGCAAGUGGGCGCGUGGUCUUGUGGACUUGGACCUCGCGUGGACUGGCGACGAGGACGUGCUUGAUGCCGCCCUCGGGGCCCUGGCUGAGGACGCGGUCAAUCUCAGAGUGCUGAACCUGAAGGGCUCGUCCGUGUCGGUGCGGGCGGUUCGUCGGGUGCUGGAGCGCUGCCUGCUGCUGGUGCAGGUGAACCUGUCGUCCUGCCGCGCCCUGCCCAGGGGCAUGAAGCGCCUCUACGAGUACCAGGACCUGGCGUGCCUGCGUCAGCAGCUGCUGCAGGAGGUUCAGUAACGCGGAGACUGUCACUGCAGCAAUUUGGUGAUGCUGUGACGGCGGCUGCUGAAGGGGCGCCGGUUAUGAGGACCCACGUCACUACCGACACCGUCAGGACAGCCAAGGACUUCUGUCAGGACAGCCUAGGACACCCAAUAGAUCUCCAUUAGAACCCCUGUAAGGACAUCCUAGGACUGUCAGGACGGACACCUCAGGACGCCCAAUAGAUCUCCAUUAGAACGCCUGUAAGGAUAUCCUAGGACUAUCUCAGGACGCCCAAUAGAUCUCCAUUGAGACGCUUGUCAGGACAGCCAAGGGCUCCUAUAUUAGGACGCCCGAGUCAUUCAUUAUCUCAGCAACCAGGCAAUUUAUUCAAGUAAUCUUGUCACAUCAUCCGAAACCCAGAACCCAUUAUCAUGAAGCCUGCCACUUGAGUCGUCAUGCAUCUGCAAGUCAUGAUUCUUUUUUUAUAUGGACUCAUUAAUUCACUUACCGCGCUAAGUAAACAAAUUUUUUGCCAUUAAGUAAUCUUGUCACAUCAGCCAGAACCUGGAACCCACCAUUACGAAGCCUGCCACUUGAGUCAUCGUGCAUCUGCAAGUCACGGUUCUUUUUUUAUAUGGACUCAUUAAUUAACUUACCGCGCUAAGUAAACAAUUUUUUGCCAAUGAAAAUAUUGAAUAACUUUGAGCCCUUCUGGCAUGGCAUUCAUUUACUGAAUGCUCCUACCAUCGAUGUUCUUGACCUUGACCUCGUUAUGUUGUGUAAUUCAUUUGUUGCUGUUUUUUUCAUUUGUUGCAACAAAAUAGAAUUAUGCUUAAUAAUUCCAUCUGUAGGGGCGAGUUGAUAGAAAAUAUUUGUCCCGACGUGGCUUGAUCUUGCCCAAUUCUGUGGGUGUUUUUUAAAUAUCAUUUAAAUAUCAGGAUUUUAUCUUCCGCAUGAAUGUGUAGUUUGAUUGUGGGUUCUUUUCUAUUUAUGUUAAUGUAAUGAAUUCGUAUUAAUUUAAUGCACUAAUU